AUGCGUGCGCCACUGAUUGAGGCGCCAAUAGCAGGGACAACAUGUGGAUUCUGUGAGGGAUAUAGCCGAUCAGACUGUGAAUCUGUGCCCCGGGCAGCAUGUACUUUGCAGCCGCUGCCAUCGCCGCCACGAGAUGAUGCAGCUGGAAAUUUCAAGAUGCAGACAUGCCGACAAAGCUCCCAUGCAGCAUCUGGAGCCUCUGGCCCAGCAGGAGGCACUGGGCAGGAGCACCCGGAAAUAUGUGCAAAGCACAUGCAUGGGGUCCACGGAGUACCCUUGGUGCAUGAGGCACAAGAAUUAGAUUUCCGAAAAACACCAGGUUUAUACACGGGAUCAGGUCAAGAAAUAUAUACAGGAGAAGGGGGACCUAUGGGGGUUUCUGAUACAUUUGAAUAUUUACAUUGUUUGCCGACUCCAACAACAUUGGGGUCGACACACUGGACAUACCCGGAAUAUGGGUAUGAUAAGCUUGGAGGAUGUUCAGGAAUGCCUCUGCAGCAGAUGAUGUUUCAGGAAUAUCCGGGGUUUGUCCAUGGAUAUAGAGAAGGAGGGAUGGAAGGGCCAGGAGGGCCGGGGAUGGGGAAUAAAGAGUAUGGAUAUAUGGGAUAUAAAAUGCCGGGAGAGAUGUUUACACCGGGAUUGAUGCCUAUGUAUGAGGGGACAAUGGGGGGGCCUGUAGGAGGGCCGAUGAUGAUGCAUGGGAUGGGGGCAGCAUGUGGAUCCCCGUUUCAUAUGGGAACGGGAUUGUAUGGGGAGCCAACUCCGUAUAGUCCGACGCUAAAUAGCCCGCUGGAGAUGCAGGGAAUGGGAGAAAUAGGGUAUGAACAUGGGAUCCAUCCUCAAUUUAAGGAACACGGGGGAGAUAUGUGUUUUAACGGGAUGAUGGGAGAUGGAAGUUAUGGACCGGGACUGCAUGGAGGGGCAGGAGGGCAAAGAAAGUGCUACAAGAUGCAUGGAGGGGGCCCGUUGGGCCACUCGGUGAAAAAACCGGGAGAUUCGUUGGCAGUGAGGCGGGGGAAGCCGAUAAGUUCAUUGGUUAAGUCGUAUGCACCAUUGCCAGAGUCAACAUUAAGAUGCAUUGUGGAUGAGUAUCUUUCGCUAAGUCCGUCGGAAUUGCAGAAACACAAGUAUACGGUGAUGAUUUAUACGAGCAAAGUGGCACAAAAGAGUUAUGGGACGGAAAAAAGGUAUUUAUGCCCGCCUCCUUACCUUCGACUUCUUGGGGCAAAAUGGUUCGAAAGUUAUUUGCAAGAUGUGCAUACCAUAGAAUCGAUGUUUUCACGAACGGGUCAAAACGAGCAUCCGUAUUCAAUUGAUCUAGGCAGUCGGGGACUCGAAGCAUUCAUGGAUAUUCAUGUUACAUCGUUGCUUUUGGACGUGGAAGAGAGUUUCAGCGUUUCGUCAAUGGACUGUUAUUGCAGCGAUGGAUCUGUAUUUAGACCGGGUCUUGGAAAGGCAUUGCCCGUUUGGGGGAAAACACAUCUUAGAACAAUGUAUAUUUCCGAUCGCAAGGAAAAAAUACGUUCUACGUGUUUGAAAGUGCAAUUACACAGGAAAAACAAGGAAUCAUUUAAUUUCGCUCAAUUCCAGUCUUCUCCCAUAUGUAUCAUAUCGAAAGCACCUCAGAAAAAAACAAGUAGUAAGAAUAACGACAUGUUAAUUUACCACGGAAGCAUGAUUGCUUUGUUUAACCGCUCGAAAGCACAAACCAACCGUAUUCGGUUUCUUGGAUCAUCAUCUGCGAAUUCUGUCAUAACGAAUAACGUUUUAUCAGGAACCAAAGGGAGUUAUGAUAUAGAAUUAAGUUCUCAAACGACCUAUUUAACCGCAAAUUCACAAGCAUGGGAACCGUUUCAAAUAUGGGCUUUGGAUUUAUUUAUUAGCCCGACUUAUUCUACUGGGCCGAAUCAAUGUUCAAACUUGAUUCGCUUUAAUCAGGUGGUCGUUUUGCAGUGUUGUACGACAGGAUUGUUAACCGCACCAUUGAUUAUUCGUCGAGUUGACGGUCGAAAUACCGUUAUCAAAACACAAGAAAUCAUAAAAAAUACCGACUAUAAAACUUUAGUAGAAAGUAAUGAACCGGUUAAUUCAUUACAAAAAGUAGCGUUCCAGAUUUAUACCGAUGAUUCCAAUUUAUUAUCUGAUAUAUACCUUACACACCAAGAUGAAAGUAUUAUUAUGCAACCUGCACGGCUUCUGGAAAGAGAUGGGACAGGUUUGGGGUUUCCUGAUUUUGAUUCAUCUUCCAGGAUGCCCAUUCAAAAUUCUUUAUGGGACAUGUCUAAUGCUAAUUCACAUCUUGAUACCUUUUUCCCUCAAAAAGAUUUAUUGGAUAAUACCUAUAAUAGGCUAUUUUCUUAUCAUGAUUUUAUACAGAAAUAUGGUCGACAUAGAGCGGAUGCUUUAAGUAAUAGUAUGCUUCCGGAAAUUCAACACAAACACAGUCCUUUAUACAUAAAUCCUAUGUCUUGUCAGAAUUCACCGAUUGAUAAAAAUGGACAGGUUCCGAUAGACGAUCUCACCGAAAAUACAGAGAAUGUGUUAGAGAAUGCAGUUUGGAAUAUUAUAGGAAUAUCGUCAUCUGAAUCAUCUUUUUACAUUUCUCCAAAAUCCAAAGUUAACGCUGUUGGACUUGUUCCAGUCAUUAAAGAAGUCAAAUACCUUUCCGUAAAUAUUAUCCAAAUUAUUGGUCAACAUAUCACUCAAUCAUAUUCCAUAUGGAUUAGUGGUAAGCCGUGUAGGAUAUUCCGAUUUUCCGUAUUUUUUGCAGAUGAUAAUUCAAAGUUCGUUGAUUUGCAAUGUAUUUUACACCCUCAAAUUCAGCCGCAGAGCCCAAAUUAUAUAUUAUUAGUUCGAAAUGACGGUGUUAUUUUUGAUUCGGGAAAACAUUUAUAA